AUCCGAAUUGCCCUUUGGGAUAAUAGCCUUUGAUAAAACUCAAUUCCUUUAUGAAUGGCCCUCCAUUUCCACUGGCAAUCAGGGAUAUUUCAAUAGCCCCCAGGGUUGAUAGAUCCCGGAAGUCUGACGGCAAGUAUCACGAAGACUCUGGGUAAGUUGUGAUCUAACGACCGAUGAUUUAAAAGGACGGAACCGAUUGCUGAGGAGGUGUUACGAGAGCUGAGCUUGAACAUGUAUAUCCAUGUUUUUGGUGUUUGGCGGUGAUCGUGAUGAACUUGAUAAACAGUGAAAUCUCGGCGGUAUCUUUGCGAUGUGAUUGGUCUUGGCCCGUUGGAGGGGAAAACACCGAAGUCAGUCAGUUGGCGACACAACUUUCUCGGAGUUGCACGAGUUGACAUUGACAUAUUUAACAUCCUCAAUUCUCAUCGAAUCCACCCCUACGCUGCUCUAUAUAACCCCUGAUCAAACCCGUCGAGAGAAAUUUCUCAACGUAGUCUUGAAUUCAUUUCCCAAUUGCUUGAUUCACUUAGGAAAUAAAUAACUAGUCCAUCAAGCUCCCCUGUUUCCCCCUUGAACUUUUUACCCCGAUACCUGCACGCGAUCAUGUCAAGCACCACGACAACGACGGCCGCUACGGCCAUAACUGCGGAAAAUGUCACUACUCUCUUCCCGGAUGUCGAUCCCAGCCUUGCGCGGACCACUGCCCAAACACAGAACUCUGCGCGUGAGGGUGGUGAGCUGGAGGGGUACGAUGAGGAGCAGAUUCGUCUGAUGGAUGAAGUGUGCAUUGUGCUAGAUGAGAAUGACAAGCCUAUUGGGAGUGCUAGCAAGAAGACAUGCCAUUUGAUGACCAACAUUGACCGCGGCCUUCUUCACCGCGCGUUCUCCGUCUUCCUCUUCGAUUCUCAGAAGAGACUGUUACUCCAACAGCGUGCAUCGGAGAAAAUCACCUUCCCCGACAUGUGGACGAAUACCUGCUGCUCACACCCACUUGGCAUUCCCGGCGAAACAGGAGUAGAGUUCGAGGAUGCUGUGCAAGGGGUUCGCCGGGCUGCUCAGAGAAAGCUGAAUCACGAGCUAGGCAUCAAGGCGGAGCAAGUUCCUCUCGAGAAGUUCGAUUUUCUGACCAGGAUACACUACAAGGCUCCCAGCGAUGGCAAGUGGGCAGAACAUGAAAUCGAUUACAUCCUUUUCAUCCACGCGGAUGUCGACCUAGACGUGAGCCCCAACGAAGUCCGCGAUACCAAGUAUGUUACGGCAGAUGAACUCAAGCAGAUGUUCAAGGACUCGGAAUUGAAAUUCACCCCCUGGUUCAAGCUCAUCUGCGACUCUAUGCUCUUCAAUUGGUGGGAGAAGUUCGGCACCGAAGAGUUCGAGAAGUUCAAAGGAGACAGGACCCUUCACCGCAUGCUUUAAAUUCAUUCACGAUAAGCAAAAAUAUUCCUUAAGAAAUUACCAUACCCUUUAUUGUCAAUACUGCUUCCGUGGCUAUAUAUAUUGAGAGAAGAAAAUUGAUUUGGAGCGAGCUGCUGCUCACGGGGAAUUGUCCAAAUUAAUGACUGUGGGCGCCAACGUGUCCUCAAACCAUUGCAGGCUGAACAGCUUAGAUAGGUAGUCGUUUAUCGGUAUUCAUUUCGGGCAUAAUAAUAAUUAUAAUUGAUGGAUUUUAUUGUGAUGCCUGGGCAUUAUACCUAUUCCUGUGUUCCUCAGAAAAUAGUUGCAACAGUCCAGAACACAUAUCCCCCACGUUUUUGGUAGUACGCACCCCAUCAUCAAUCGAGUAACUGUAAUUCCUGACCAGAUCGUAUUUUAUAAUUCCUCGUUGGUAGGGCGUAACCGC